GUGUCACCCGCGCGCGCCAAUGGACAAUCAGCCAUGGCCAUCGCUUGACCCGGCCUGCCUCUGCCUGGUUGCCCAUCCGCCCAGCCAUCCUUCUUGAUAUACUCCAGCGCACCGAGUCGAGCCGGGCACAGCCACGCACCACCACCAGCGCCAUCCACGGAAGAACGAGCACGGCGGCCCUGCUCAUGCAUGGUGCAGCCUAUUAGCUCCCCGCCGCCGGCGACGACGACCUCCACCACAUGUUGCAUGAGCAGCAGGCACCGGCAGUAGCAGCCGCAGCCGCAGCAGCGCCGCCGCCAGUGCCAUCGGCGCCGAGCAGUAGCCACGACGAGGACGGCGAUGGGGGCGAGGGCGCCGCGACGACGUUCCGCGACAUCCACCCGCUGACCCCCGACCCGCCGACGCCACUACCCCCCGCGCGCACGGGCUCCGCCGCGUCCUGGGACACCGCCAGCCACCGCUCCUACUCCUCCGAGGAGCAGUACAUGACGAUGAGCCGCGAGUUCACCGCCAUGGUCGCCGCCGGGGCGACCAUGCAGACCGGCCCCAACGCCAACAGCGGCGGCGGGUACGACAACGGCGCCGCCGACCAGCUCACCAGCAUCGGCGAGGACGAGCUGGAGGAGACCAACCCGCUGGCCAUCGUGCCGGACAGCCACCCCAUCGCGACGCCGGCCAGGUCCAGGGCGUCCGGCCUGGAGGUGGUGCCCGCGGGGCCGCCGCCCCCGCCACCGGCGCACGUGGAGGCCAGCCAGGUGAAGAAGGAGGAGGUGGAGACCAAGGUCUCGGCGUGGCAGACGGCGGAGGUGGCCAAGAUCAACAACCGCUUCAAGCGGGAGGAGGUGGUCAUCAACGGAUGGGAGACCGAGCAGGUGGAGAAGGCAUCCGCCUGGCUCAAGAAGAUCGAGAGGAAGCUUGACGAGCAGCGCGCCAAGGCGUUGGAGAAGACGCAGAACGACAUCGCCAAGGCGCGGCGCAAGGCGGAGGAGAAGCGGGCGUCGGCGGAGGCCAAGCGGGGCCUCAAGCUGGCCAAGGUGCUGGAGCUCGCCAACUUCAUGAAGGCCGUCGGGAGGGUGCCCACCAAGCGCUCCUUCUUCUAGCCGCCGACCCGGCACUCGCCUCGCCGUCCCUUCAGUUCUCCAUCACUACCGGUGUGCUCAACCCCUGCUGCUUUGCUGCUGCUCCAUCGAGGCAUCGAUCAUCAUAGCUACUAGCUAGUAGCAAGCUUGUGUGACGAUGUAUGCCGCUGCAUCCGAGAACCCUAAUUGUAAAAAAGAUUUGUAUACGAUGUACUGUCGCCGCCCAUGUGAUGCCUGUGAUCCACCAUCCAUCGCAGCGCAGAGCGGCCGUUCUUCUCUUUUUUGUUUGGCUUGUAUAUCGAUCCAUCCGUAUGGUGUUUGAGUGAUCUGUUUGCGUAACCGUGCAAACAUUCAGAAACCCAACACUGCAAGAGCUUAUUACUUGUGCAGAGAAUAGGACCACAUCACUGCAAUACCUCAAUACCUCAUUCGUGA